AUGGGAUUCUUCCGUACUGUGACCUUAGUCUUCGUCCCUGUCGUCGCCGUUCUCUUGGCGUUGGUCUCCUAUGUGGAGGUGGACUUAUCUCCCAAGAGUCUCUCGGUUGGGCUCCGUCAGCUGGCUGUUACUUUCCCUUUCUCCAACCUCAAGCAUAGUAGGGAAUUUACUGUAGAUGACAUACCCACUGAUCUGUCCGGUAAAGUGGUUCUCAUCACAGGAGCCUCCAGUGGUAUUGGUUUUGAGUCUGCCAGAAUACUCGCUUCUCGCGGUGCCAAAGUGGUCGUGGGUAUUCGAGGCAACCGCAGUAGGUUAGAUAAAAUAACAUCUUCCCUACCGGGUCAGGUAUUGGCACCGGCUCCCUUGGAUCUAUCUGACUACGACACUAUCAGGAAUUUUGUUCAAGCUCUCCCUAACGCGGGUAUUGACCAUUUCGAUAUAGUUUUGCUCAAUGCGGGAAAGUUGAUCACGGAGUAUGGCACUGAUAAAAACGGUAUUGAAUCGAUGCUUGCCGCUCAUCAUCUCGGCCACGCCUAUCUUUUCGAGUUGCUCACGCCUAUGCUACUGAGAACCUCUGGUAAAGUACGAGUUGUUAUCACUUCCAGUGCAGCACAUCUGUACACCUAUCCUGAGGGGUUGCGCUACAACGUCACUGCUGAUGCUUUUGGGCCAUGGCAGGCGUACGGCAACAGUAAGCUGGCUAAUAUUCUUUACACUCGAGAGCUGUCGACUCGUCUGGAAAAAAAGUUUCCGGGCAAGUUUGUGGUGAACACUGCCCAUCCUGGGUGCGUUGCUACCCACUUUAGUAUGGCGAACUACUACUUGCCACAUUUCGUAGCCUACAACACGACUGAGGGGGCAAUGCCUCUUCUUCGUCCGGCUGUGGAAAAGGAUAUUAACGGUGAUGGAUAUUAUCUCCCAGUAGGAUACCGUGGUGACUGGCAGAAGGACUCGGCCUACUGGUGGACCUGUAACGAUACUAUGAGGACUGAGUUUUGGGGUUGGACUGAAAGCAUACUCAAGAGGGUCCAUGGCGAUAGAGAUGCAGUCAAAGGUUCGCUGAUGUUGGAUUAAUAGAAACUAUAGAUUUC